AUGGGUAUCAUUCGACCCGCCACUCCGGGCUUUCUCGUCACCUUGAUCGCUACAGGCCUCCUCGCCGUAGUGACUUUCUCCGUCCCGUACAUCAAGUCGAUUUACUUCCUCAAGGCUUCCUUGAGCAUCGACAACGAAAGUGGAUCUUUAACGUUCGGGACUCUGGGCUACUGUCUACAGCUUCCAAAUGGCACUACAUGUUCAAAGCCAUCAGUUGGCUAUGAACUUGACGUGAACAGUUUGCUUGGGGAUAACAGCCCUAUCCAAAUUCCUAACGUCGUCGUAAAAUGGGUGACUUACGCGCUCGUUCUGCACAUCGUCGCCCUCAUCCUUUCCGCUCUUGCCGCUUUCUUCGGUCUUCUCGCUCACGUUCGUGAAAUGUCGAUGGCGUACUGUAGCUCAUUUGUUUCUGGAUUUGCCGCAAGCGUCGCGCUAGUUGCCUUUAUUUUCGACCUUGUCCUCUUCUUCCUUACCAAAGAUCGCAUCGACAGUGUCUCAGGCGCAUCCGCUUCCAUCGGUGUGGGAGUUUGGUUGACACUCGCCGCCUGGCUUCUCCUGUUCUUUGCAGGAUGCUUCUAUGGGUUCGGUCGCUGCUGUAUCAAACGACGACCAGAUAGAUAUAAUCGCAAUGGACCCUCAGUGGACGCCGGAUACGCAGAGCAGAUGCGUCUUGACGCCGUCAAAGCCGAAGCGGACCGUAAAGCGCGCCAGAAGCAAGGCGAGAUUGGCUUGCCUGCCUUCCAAGAGCUCGAACAAAUGCAGCCGUUGGCAAGGACUGUCUCAGAUGAAUACGUUGAAGAUGGAGACAAAAUCGUACCGCUAUCUGAUGUACAAACCGCUGGCGUAGGCACGUAUAAUCACCGACAGGCUAGUCAGUCUCGUCGCGACCAGUAUCCAGGCGGAUAUUCCCAGGGUCCUGUUGGCAGUCGCGCUGUUGAUGCGUACUAUAAUCCUUCCCCGGCGCAGUCGAGCAUAUAUCCUCCUCAGUCACCUCCUCAACCUCAGCGGCAACCUAGUGCACAUUCACAAGGUGCUUCUGGUUACACACCUUCCGCUUAUUCGUAUGGCUCUAAUGCAGCCCCUGCUCAAUACACUGCCAUGGGUGCUUAUGGACACUCUCAGCAACCAACUACUGCAACAUCUAACUAUGGCCAUGGCGCAACAGGUUCAUCUUACUACCAAGCGCCUGCGCCUGUAAACCAGCAAUAUCAGACGAAUUUCUCUAUGCCCCGCUCAAAUACAUACGCAGUCCAGAACCAGCGCUCUUUCAAUGCUGAUACAUACAACAAUACUGGUUAUAUGGGUGCGGGUGCCGGAUCUUCAUCAGCAGCAGUUCCAUCAAAUUCCUACGCUCGUACGGCGGCGGCGCAGCCCGACCGCAGUUAUACACUGGGUGGGGCUGGCUAUGGCGGUAGCAAUGAUGCAGCAUAUUAUGACCCGUACGCUGCGGCUUCGUCACACCACUCGACGCCAUCCCCAGCACCCAUUAAUACUGGUGUGGCUCCUGCACAGAACGUGGCCAGCCCGAGAGGGCCACGGACUCCCGCGCCAUUAGUGCAGUCGCCUAUUGAGGGUAUUCCAGAACCCGAAGGCACUCACUACACCGACAAUCCGCCUAUGUAUGACGAGAUGACAGCGCAACCUCCAGGCAUGUGGUCAACCAAACGCUGA